AUGGCCGAUAACAUCGUUCAGCACGACUCCGACUUGACUCGUCUGACUCGUGCAGCAGCCCGUGGUCAGCAUGGAUUCACUCUUUGGUUCACCGGUAUUUCUGGUUCUGGAAAGUCUACUAUCGCCGUUGCGCUGGAGCACGAGCUCGUCGAGAAGCGUAAACUCGCCGCUUUCCGACUUGAUGGAGAUAACAUCCGCGCCGGUCUCAAUAAAGGCCUAGGUUUCACACCGCAAGAUCGAACGGAAAACAUUCGACGUAUCGGCGAGGUCGCCAAGCUCUUCGCCGACAGUGGUGCUAUUGCUAUCACUUCCUUCAUUUCGCCAUACGCAGCAGACAGAGAUGCCGCUCGUAAACUACACGACCUCUCACCAGCUGAGAAAGAAAGUGGAGAAACUCCUCUGCCAUUCAUUGAGGUUUACAUAGAUGUUCCACUUGAGGUCGCUAUGGACAGAGACAUUAAGGGGCUCUAUGGAAUGGCAGAUAAAGGAUUGAUCCAAAAUUUCACUGGUGUAAGCAGUACCAGCACGAAACCACAAGGAGGGAAAUCUGGUUCAGGAUAUGAACCCCCUGAAAAUCCCGAAUUACACAUCAAAAAUGAUAACAGUAUGGAGAUCCCGGAUGCCGUUAAGACCAUUAUUGAGUACCUCGAAAAGAGAGGAUUACUCGAUAGUCCACCAGAUAUUGAGACCGCGAAAGCUGAGUCUGCCAAGCUCGUGGAGGCCGGCCAGGCUUUGAAGGAAGCUCGACUUGUUAAAGAGCAGGCCGAAAGCGCGGAGGCUCUUAAAGCCGCCGAAGCCGCCGCAACGGCCACAGCUGCCAAGGCUGCUGAAGCUGCAACUGCCGCCGAAGAAGCGAGCGCCAAAGCUGCCGAAGCUGUCAAAGCCGCCGAAGUUGCCGAAGCCCUCAAAAAUGCCACGGCUGCUGAAGCUGCCGAAGCUGCUAAGGUUCUCCAGGCCGCCCAACUUAAAGCCUUCAAAGCUGAUGGGGUUAUCAAGGCCUUUAAGGGUGCCCAAGCCGCCAGAGCCGCGAAAGCAGAAGCAGAAGACACAAAAACCGCUAAUUAG